AUGGAAUAUGGAAUUCAUUCAAGAACCCCCCUCUUCUUCUGCCUCCUCUUCCUCUUCUUGUUAUACACUACCAUAGCUUUUAACCACACCACCCUCAGAUUCCAUGAAGCCUAUUCCCCUCUCUUCAGUGAUUUCAACAUUCAGCGAUCACCCGACGACAAGACCGUUCGUCUCCUCCUCAACCGUUUUUCGGGUUCUGGAAUUAUAUCAUCAGAUUAUUACAACUAUGGUUUCUUCAGUGCAAGCAUCAAGUUACCAGCAGAAAAUACCGCUGGCGUUGUCGUUGCAUUUUAUACAUCAAAUGUAGACACAUAUGAAAGGAACCACGAUGAAUUAGACAUCGAGUUUAUGGGUAACGUAAAGGGGAAACCUUGGAGGUUCCAAACAAACAUGUAUGGCAAUGGAAGCACAUCUCAUGGAAGGGAGGAGAGGUAUCGAUUAUGGUUUGAUCCGAGCAAGGAUUCUCAUCGCUACAGCAUUCUUUGGACCCCUAAGAACACCAUAUUUUACGUGGACGAAAUUCCGAUAAGGGAAAUAGUUCGUAACGCAGCUAUGGCUGGGGACUAUCCAUCAAAGCCAAUGUCAUUAUAUGCCACUAUAUGGGAUGCUUCAACUUGGGCCACAAAUGGUGGCAAAGAGAAAGUAGAUUACAAAUAUGAGCCCUUUGUGUCUGAAUUCACAAACCUCGUACUUGAAGGUUGCAUUGUCGAUCCCACUGAGCAAAUUUCAUCAACAAACUGCACUGACAGAAUUGCAAGUUUACUUGUUAAAGAAUACUCUACUAUUACAUCUGAGGGUCGAAAAUCGAUGAAAUGGUUUCGUGAAAAGUACAUGUAUUACUCGAGUUGUUAUGAUAGUAUAAGGUAUCCGGUGCCACCGCCAGAAUGUGUGGUGGUGCCUUCAGAAAGGGAGAUGUUUCAGAAUAGUGGGAGGCUCAGGGAAAAGAUGAAAUUUGGUGGUAAUCACAGGAGGCACCGCCGCGGUCAGAGAUCCCGGCGGCCAAGAAAAGUGGAAGUGACUGGCCAAGUAGCUGCUUUGUAA